AUGCGCCCUACUGCUGUUACUGCAGUAGAUACAACGUCAACAAGCGGUGAUUCUACUGUCAUUUUCAUUGUCAUCUUCGUGAUCGUCGGGUUGGCCUGCAUUAUCGCCUUUUUUGUUUGGAAACGUCAACAGAAUCGCAAACGUCCGAAGGAACGAUGUUAUAAUCUUCCGUCCACUACUGUGCGUUCUGGCAUCAGUCAUGGGACUUUAAACGAUAACGAUCGACGGAUGAACUCUCCAUACGGUAAACAUUCAAGGGACAAGAAAACAGGACGCUCUGAGUCCCAUCACUCGAGGACAGAACGUCCUCCUCAGCGGCCAGCUAAUGGAGCACCGACUCACACCCGACAGCAACAACAAAAGCCUCAGUACCAGCACCAACCUCAGUACGAACACCAGCAUCAACAUCAACACCAUCCUCAGUACCAACCUCCGUACCAGAAUCACUAUGAGCCGGGGGAUUCAUUUCCACCACCGCCUCCACCUCCCCCUGAGAUCCCAAUGUUAGAGCCAGACGAGGAUCAAGGACCUGGUCUUUUGAUGGUGGAGCUCCAGCAGAGCCAAAUGAAGUUCAGUAUGGAAGAAUUACAGGGUAGACGAACGGACCCGGCAGUAAUCGCACGCACACAAGAGACAGUAAGAAAGGUACUAGCGGAGCUGGCAAGAGAUCCUGAAUUUGAAGAAAGCUGGAUUCCGUACGACUCGCUCUACUUUACACGUGCAAUCUCAAAAGGUGCUUUCGGAGAGGUGUGGCUAGCCCAGCUGGAAAACACUCAGGUGGCCGUCAAGAAAAUUUUGGAUGAAAAAAGGCACGACGUGAAGGAGAUUGAGUGUUUUGGAGAGGAAAUCAAGCUUCUGGCUUUGUUCAAGCACCCGAAGAUUGUCGGGUUUAUUGGUGUCUCAUGGAGUGACAAGCAGGAUCUGUGUGCAGUAACAGAGUACAUGGCCAAGGGCGAUUUGUACGACUACUUGAAGCGUCGCAAGGGCAAGUUGAACUGGCCCGACCAUAAGAUGUGGUUGGCCAGGGACAUUGCCGAAGCUCUGGUGUACCUUCACUCGCUGUCACCAAAAAUCAUUCAUCGUGAUCUCAAGUCGAAGAACAUUCUACUAGACAACAAGUACCGUGCAAAGCUGAGCGACUUUGGCAUUAGCCGGAAGCGCUCUGCAGAGGAGACAAUGACGGCAGGCGUUGGCACUAUCUAUUGGACUGCUCCUGAGGUACUCAUGGGCAAGAAGUACACCGAGAAGGCUGAUAUAUACUCUUUCGGCAUUGUCAUGGCAGAAAUGGACACGUGCGAAGAGCCGUACUCGGACAAGCGUGAUAGUGCUGGUAAGGAGCUCCAGAGUAUGAAAAUCAUUCAAUUGGUGAUUCGCCAGGGCCUCCGACCGUCGUUCUUAGAGGAUUGCCCGAAGCAAGUUAAGGCGCUUGCCGGCCGCUGUUUGGACGCUAAUCCGGACAAACGUCCAUCGGCACCGGAGCUGCUCAAUAUUCUGCAUAAUAUUCAGGAUGAUAUGCAGCAUUAA